GAACAUGUUGCCUUUAUUGGCCUCCUGUAUCAGUCAGGAUUCUCCAGAAAAACAGCCCAAUAGGAGAGGGAGGGAGAGAGAGACGUUGAUUUUAAGGAAUUGGCUUCCUUUGUGGCGAUUGUGGGGCUGGUGAAUUCAGACAGCUGGAGACCCAGGGAGGACCUGUUGUUGCAGCUCAAACCCGAGGCCCUCUGGAGAAGAAUUCUCCCCUCCUCUGGGAAGCUCACUUUUUCUCUCUUAAGGUCUUCAACUGAUUGGAUGAGGCCCACCUUCAUUAUGAAGGUCAUCUGCUUUACUCAGAGUCUACUGAUUUAAAUGUUAAUCACAUCUAAAAAACCUUCAAGCACAUCUACAUUCAUUGCAGCAUUAAUCACAAUAGCAAAGAAGUGAAAGCAACCUAAAUUUCCAUGGACAAGAGAAUGGAUAAACAAAAUGUGGUCUUUUUGCCCAGUGGCAUAUUAUUCCACCUUAAAAAGGGAAGAAAUGCGGGGGUGCCUGGGUGGUUGGGUCAGCUUAGCAUCUGACUCUUAAUUCUGGCUCAUGUUGUGAUCUCAGGGUUGUGAGAUGGAGCCCUAUGUCAGGCUCUGCACCGGGCAUGGAGCCUGCCUGGGAUUUUCUCUCUCCCUCUUCCCCUCCCCUCUUUCUAAAAAACAAAACAAAAUAGGAGGAAGUGCUGACAUGCGCUGCAACAGGGAUGGACUUUGAGGACAUCAUGUUCAGUGACAUAACCCAGUCCCAAAUGACAAAUCCUGUAUAAGUCUGCUUAUACGCAGGAGUCGGAUCCAAGGAGAAAGUUGAUGGUAAAUUUUAUAUGUGUGUGUGUGUUUUACCACAAAUGUAAAAAAAAAAUCGUGGUACGUAACAGGUGUUCAGUAAAUGUCAGCUCCCCCUCUGAGUAAUAUUUUAUGUUAAUGUCACCAUUGUAAUCAAUACAUAUAUGAAAAAAAAUCCCCUUCCCAACGACAUCUAGACAAGCGUCUGCGCGGGAGUCUGGGCCCCGCUGCCCAGCUGGACAUGUAACACUAUCCCCCCUGCCUCUCCCAGCAGGCCCCUGCUGUAGUUCCCCACCCGCUUCCUUCCUCACAUGUUGUGGUUUGGGCUUAUAGAUGUGACUAGUGUCAUUGAAAUGUUUCUGACUCCUGUCCUAGUUUGAGAGUUUCAAGGGAAGGGAGUGCGAAAGUCUUUUCUCAUCAGCACAAGCCUGAAAUCAGGACCAGACAGAGCAGCCAGGGCUAAGGUAGGGGACCACCCUCCGGACCUGGAGCCGGCUUCUCCUUCAACCCGGUCGCCCGGGCCCUCAGGACUUGUGUCUGCUGGAGCCAUCCCAUCCGUCAGCACAAAUCCUGCGGCCUCAGCAGCUGGCCUGGGCCUCAGUGGGAGCGUCCCAGAGGCUUCAGAUAUUUUGGCAGGGCCCAGGGCUGAGCCGGUUGGGCCAUGGCACAUCUCGCCUGCUCAGGUUCGUCAGGCAAUUGUGGGCGGCGGCAGGUGUGUCUGUGUGUCUCUGGGGGCCAUGCACUGAUGUGAGGGGAAUUAGGGGCACCCAUCUGUGGCCAGCCCUGCGGGGUGCUGGAGGCUGAGAUGGGAGGAGUCCCCUCGACCCAUGAGGCUCCAACCUGUAACCGCAAGCCUCUGAGCCCCGCGGCCAGGCCGGUGGAUCUUGUGCUUGGUGCCGGGGUAGGAGGAAGGCCCUUGGUGGAGGUGAGGGUGGGUAUGUGUGUCCAAGUGCUGAGUGUGUGUGCUACUCAGGCAUCUGGUCACUGAACGGCGUGGCCAUGAGGCUCCCUCGGGAGCCAGCUUUGCUGUUCUGAGUGGAAGGGAGGUCAGGUUUCUCUGAGAAGUCCCAGAAUAGCUCCUGGCUGCUCAGAGGAAAUCUGGUCUGGUUUCCUGGUAUCCAGUCUUGCCCUCUCUCACCACCACACCACAUCCAGCUGUCCCCUCCCUGGACUGCAGACCUCCAGCCCCUUCUAGCACAGGGUGGCCAGGGGGGUGUAUUUGUCCUCUUGACCCGUCUGUAGAGACAGCCUGCAAAGCACUCGGCCUACAGGGAUGGGAGGUUGUCACCAGGCCAGGGUGGGCAUUCAGAAAGAACCCUCCUAAGUAAGUGAUGACUGGCUGUGUGAGCGUCCUAGGGCAGAAUGGUGGGAGGACAGCCCCCAUAGGGAAGAAAAUUCGAGGAGGAUGACACGGUGAAGAGGGAACAGCAAAGGGCGAACACAUGGGCAAGUGCUCCAGGCCUCCCCAGCCACCCCUCAGUCCCUUUCCUGCUCCUGGUCCUCAGUCAUGGUGUCUCUCCAUGCUUUGGCUCCAGAGGGCUGAGGCUGCGACCUAGGAUCCCAGGGGCAGCUUCAGGGUGAGGGGAUGCUUAGGCCAAGGAGGGCCAGAAAGGGGCUAUGUGGGGAACGGCCAAGCCUGGUCCAAAAUAGGGCUGCAGGAUCUCCUGGCCAUACAAGGAUCUUGGAAUCUGGACUCUGGGGACCCCAGGCAGCUGGGCCCAGCUAAAAUGCAGCUGACACCUCCACCCCUCGUGUUCUGUGCACAGCAGCUCCAGUGCCAGCGUGCAGUGUUCUCCCCACCGGCCACGGACAUGACGGAGCGCCUGACAGCCGAGCAGAUCAAGGAGUACAAGGGGGUCUUUGAGAUGUUCGACGAGGAAGGCAACGGGGAGGUGAAGACUGGUGAGCUGGAGCGGCUCAUGAGCCUGCUGGGCAUCAACCCCACCAAGAGUGAGCUGGCCUCCAUGGCCAAGGACGUGGACAGAGACAACAAAGGAUUCUUCAACUGUGACAGCUUCCUGGCCCUGAUGGGGAUUUACUGGGAGAAAGCCCAGAACCAGGAGGGCGAGCUGAGGGCAGCGUUCCGUGUGUUCGACAAGGAAGGCAAGGGCUACAUCGACUGGGACACGCUCAAGUAUGUACUCAUGAAUGCAGGGGAGCCCCUCAAUGAGGUAGAGGCCGAGCAGAUGAUGAAGGAGGCUGACAAGGAUGGGGAUGGGACCAUUGACUAUGAGGAGUUUGUGGCCAUGAUGACCGGAGAGUCCUUCAAGCUGGUCCAAUAGGAGCAGGUGCUGUGGCCAUGGAAGGCCUGCACGAAGAAGGCCACUGCCUGCUGCUGCCCACAGCACUGCCCCCACUGCCACCUACCUUGCCACCCCCCACCCUGCCCUACUCUGGCCAAUAAACGCUCCAGCCAGACUAAUGUGUGUUUCACUGUCCCUAGCCCAGAAAGGAGGGACUGGUAAAGAUUUGGGUCUGGAAAAAGGAGAGGGUUUUCCUGGGCAACCACAGCACAUGGCCUGUCACUCCUGCUAUGACAUCUGACACCACCCACUGCCCAGCUCUGGG